CGACAAUCGGAUUGUACCCAAGCACAAUGCGCGAGUGCGCCUGUCGCCUUCAUGUCGGCUCAAUCAGCAAGCUUGGUUGACCUUUCACCUACAUUUCCAGGAAAGCGUCGCUUACCAGGAAGAAGAUAGCCUUGCAAGAUUAAAAUGGCGGUUCUGACCGUGCACACUGAACCUCGCAAGGCAAAAUACAAGCUGUGUGAUGAUGCAUCUGGUACGUUGGAAAACUCGGGGACCAGUUGCUGUGUUGUGGAACACCGUCCACACCAAAGGGACGCUACUGCAGGACACUGCGACGGAGACUCACGCAGGGCGAAGCUGUACUUCGGUGUAGCUCUGCUGUUUGUGUCACUGGCGGUCAAUAUCAUGGGCGUAGUGUACUUCUGGAGAGCUGUUCGGCGCGACACGGAUGACAGCCCGCGAGCAGAGGCUCUUGUGUCGCUGUUGCACGAUGAGGGCACGGUUUGCACGGACUGCGGGUCACUGGGUGUUCAGCCGGGCACUUACAAGUCUGACUUGCACGGGCUUUACGUGCGUCGUGUGACGGGAUUAUCCUAUUUGUGUUGUUUACAAAAUGCAGAAGGAUUAUGGAGACUCGCGUCAGUGUUCACGAACAGGCUGUACAAGCACAAACAACCAGGAAUUGACGAAGGCACUGGAGCCCAUCUUUACCUGGGCAGCGAUGCCCUGAAGUCUGAUUCGCCGUCCUUACAAUGGAAUCAGGACUACGGCUAUGGCUCAGCUUACAAAGGCAUCGACAUCAAAAGUGAUGGACAGAAUCUUCACAUUACAAAACCUGGCCUAUAUCACGUCUACUCCUUCUUCACGUUCAAAACUCACCAACCACGUCAACAUCCUGAUAACGUCUUACAUACAAUCAGAAGAGACAACGCCCAUCUGCCGAAUUUGGGGCGCACUGUUCUUCUCAUGGUCAGGAAGACCUUACCGGAAGUCAGCGAGAGGUUCGUCACGAGUUAUCUGUCCGCUACAGUCAGACUGAGGCAGGAUGAUCACGUGUCUGUCACUGUCAGCAACAUGUCAUAUGUCUAUCGAUAUCCGCCAUCAAAUUUCUUUGGCUUGUACCACGCAGGGGAGUGAACUGCCAGCGGCACUUUAGAUUAGGGUGUCAAGUAUUUGUAGAUGGGCAUCUAUGAUAGUCCUGAUUCUGGGUCGCAUCUCAGCGCAGCUAAUUAGGAAAUAAACUUACUGUGUUUUUCAAUGUAGGGCUUGGUUACCCGCAGUGUAACCGCGCUAAAUUCAAUCUCAUUAAAAUCAGAUCUUAGUUCUCGCUGCCGCUAAAUAAAGAUCUGA